CUUGCGCAGCGCAGCGAGCACCGAGUUCGAGUUUGUUCCAUUGCUUUGCUGAUUGCUGUUACAGCUGCCAUACAGUGCGAGUUUGGCAGUAGAGGUGAAAUUGGCUCCAUUGCCAAUCUAAUGGAACAUCGUUCUUUUGAGCAAGUCCCGUCAGCUGUAGUGCUCAAUCAUCUAAACAUUCGCGUGAAACGUGAUAAUUGUCGUAAACAACAAAUUCUGCUCCUGCUAUUAUGUUGUUUAAACGGAUCAUUGAAGGAAAGUCGAUGUUGAACGUUGAAACCACCAAGUCCAAGUCUCCGGAGAAAUGUUCCAGAAGGCGGUCUGAAUGCGAUGGGUGUGGGGAACAUUCCACUAUUCUGGAAGAAAUGAUCAAGGUGGUUAUGCUGGGAGUUGUGCUGUGGGCGGGAGUAACGUUUGGGAGCCAUGUUGCUCCUUACCCGCUUAACUUAAUAUUGAAUUCUGAUAAUCUUCACCCACCUCCAAUGUAUGACUUCCCAUUUCCAAGUGCAGAGAUGUUAAAAAGACUUCCCCCUAUAACUGGAAUCCAAACCAACAAGUCGAUCACUAUUAGCAAAUUUUCAGUUUCAUUGUUGGAGAGGCUAGAACAGAAUCUUAACGCUGCUGGGAUCAUUCCGAGAGCAGGAUCACCAGGAAAGGGAUUCAUGAUCCAAGGUCUCCCUUCUGACGACGCGAUGUUUUAUGAAAAAUCGUGUAUGAUUAUCACAAAAGCGUCACAGAAUCUGGUUGUAACUCGAUGCACAAGAUACGGUUUGGCCAAGGACGAGUGUGCGAGUUAUGUUAGUACUUUGAACUUGCGUGGUAGUGAAUAUGGGCCAGAGUGUGCCGCGCUUGAAAGGCUGGCGUGCCGUUCUAACAAGUUAUCAUCACGUUAUCGGUCCUUCGAUGGUUCGUGUAAUAAUCCUGUACGGUCUUCCUGGGGUCAAUCACUAACUGGCUACAAGCGUCUCUUGCAUCCAAGAUAUGCUGACGGCAUCGAAGAGCCUCGCUCUUCUGCAAACAAUAAGCCUUUGCCGUCUGCCCGUUUAGUCAGCACAAAACUUACCAGUAACUUAGAUCGACCUGAUGACAAAAAGAGCAUUGCCUUGCCCAUUUGGAGUCAGUUCAUUUACCAAGACUUGGUUCACAUUCCCGUAAGGAAGACAAUCCAUACCCACCAGGCGAUCCGCUGCUGUGACAAUGAUGGCUCAGCGCUAUCACCUCGCUACCUGCAUCCGAGCUGCAUGCCCAUAUCUGUACCUUAUGAUGAUCUCUUCUACAAAAAGGAAUAUCAAACCUGCAUGGAGUAUACCCGAUCGGCCACAACCUACAGAGGAGACUGCAGUUUUGGUGCUUCAGAACAGAUGAACCAAGCCACGCAUUUCAUGGACGGGUCCCAGUUGUACGGCACGAACGGUCGCGAGGCGGCGGCGCUCCGCGAGAAGGAGGGGGGUCUGCUCAAGACCUCGGGCCCCGGCGCGAAUCUGCCGCCGUUGUCUGCUGACCCUACUGCGCAGUGUCUCGUGGCCGGCCGUGGCGAUACCUGCUUUAAAGCUGGUGACAUCCGCGUGAACAUGCACCCAUGGCUGACGAGCAUGUACGCGCUGUGGGUGCGCGAGCACAACCGCGUGGCGCGCGCACUGGCGGCGCUCAACCCGGCCUGGAGCUCCGACCGCCUGUUCCACGAGGCGCGCCGCAUCGUUGUCGCGGAGAUGCAGCACAUCACCUACGCUCACUGGCUACCCGCCCUCACUGGUAAACCAUUCGAUGAGCUGUACGAGGGUUACGACACGGGCUACAACUCCGACGUGAACCCGACCGUCAGCAACUCGUUCGCCACGGCCGCCUUCCACUUCGUGCACACCAUGCUCGACCAGGACAUCGAACUGGUGGACACCAACGACGAAGUCUCGUCACACCGCCUCAAGGAUACGUUCUUCAAGCCCACCAUCGUGCCCGGCAAUCUGGAGAAGAUCCUGAAAGGCAUGGCGGCGCAGAAGAGCCAGGGGAUGGACUUGAACUACGAUGAUGAUGUGCGAGACGGCUGGCUGGGAGGGCUGGACGCGUUGGCGCUGGAUGUGCAGCGCGGCCGCGACCACGGGCUGCCGGGCUACGCGGCCUACCGCGCGCUCUGCGGCCUGCCGCUCGCCACCACCUUCCAACACUUCACCGAUCUCAUCCCGCUGGAGGUGGUGGACAAGCUAAUGGAAGUGUACGAGCACCCCAGCGACGUGGACUUGGUCGUGGGUGCCAUGGCCGAGACUCCUCUGCCCGGCUCUUCCUUCGGACCAACCUUCACGUGCCUUAUCAAGGAGCAAAUGUGGCGCACUCGCUACGGCGACCGCUACUUCUACUCGCACACUGACGAGGCCGGUAGCUUCACCAAGCGUCAGCUGGCCGAGCUGAAGCGCGCCUCGCUGGCCCGCCUGCUGUGCGACAACGGCGGCCUCACCGCCGUGCAGAGAGACGUCUUCCAGCCGAGCUCCCCCAGCAACCCUAAAGUUCCUUGCGACGAGAUCAAGAAGGUGAACCUGGAGGCUUGGCAGGAGGCUGGGCAGCCGGACCUGCUGUCGCGCACCACCAAGUGGCUCAAGACGCGCGUGGCCGACCGCGCCCAGUAGCUGCACGAGGGCGACGACGUCACGAGGGGCUUGUAGUACUUAACGUAUUGAGAAUCAAGUCUAUGCGCAACCGCGCAACCCACAAAUGAAGAGUCUGUUGAUAAACAUCAUAGAUUAUCAACGUUCUACAAUUAUUCGUCACGUCGUCCUUUGUGCCCAUGCGAUACCUAUUUAUUAGUAUUUACGUAACGUGUCUGCCUUAAACAGUUAUUUUAUAAUUUAAUUAUCUUUGAUUGUCAUAUAGUUAUACAAUUUUCAUGUCGUAGAUAUCUAAGCGUAAAAAAUGUAUCAUAAUUCGGCGAAAAUUAAAUUACGAGAUUUUUUAAUGUUUUGAAAGUGAGUUUUGGUCAAAGUUUGCUCCAAACCGCACUAAGAAAAGUUCCAGUAGAGAUAUGCAGUAUUUGUGCAUACUUUACCUGCCUAGGAAUAAGUCUGCCUACGUCCUACCCCUAGUGCAGCGGCUGUGAUAGUCCCGGGCCGCGGUUGCCCGCGGACGAGUGGCUUCCUACAUUAGACCCAUAUGUUAAAAGGUCUAAGAAGCUGUUUAAAAUUGUAAAAAACCUAUUUAGUUUCUAAAACGAAUGCUUUAAAUUAUAUUGGAAUACCGGACAACUUUUACACCUGUUUUGAAUAGUUAGGUUGUAUUAUAUCUACACUACGCAGCAGCGUAUAGUGCGCUUUGCGCAGUGUUGAAAUAAUAAUUCAUAUUACUACGGUUUUCCGUAGGUAGAUUAAUACUCAUCGA